CUUUGUGUUUUGGAGGGGCUUUUGGCUGAAUCUUGAUGUUUUGUGAGUUUCAUGCUUAUAUUGGGGGAUUUUUGGACUGAAUCUUGGUGKUUUGGAAGUUUUUACGGACACAAGAUGCCUSGUGACUCUCUGAGAUGGUCCUGGGCAGGAGGAACCMCCAGCCCAAGGCGCUCACCCCUUUUUUUCCUCCCUCAGCCAGGAUUUGUUAUUCCUAAGGUGUAGCCGGAUGGAGGAGGAGAAGAAGCCCCCGAGAUCCCACAGGAGRAGGGGCUGCAAACCCAACCCAGGGAGCUGUGAGGAGRAAAGACCCUCCCUGUGCMRGGAAAGCAGCCGGAGAUCCAGGCAGAGCUCAGAGCUGGGGGAGAAGCCCCACAAGUGCUUGGAGUGUGGGAAGGGCUUCAGAUGGAGCUCCCAGCUGAUCAAGCACCAGAGGAUCCACACAGGGGAGAAGCCCUACGAGUGUGGGAAAUGUGGGAAGAGCUUCAGACGGAUCUUUGACCUAAUGGAACACCAGAAUAUCCACACAGGGGAACGUCCGUAUGAGUGUGGGGAAUGUGGGAAGGGCUUCAGCCGGAACUCCAGCCUGAUAGAGCACCAGAUGAUCCACACAGGGGAAAAGUCCUUCGAGUGUGGGGAAUGUGGGAAGCGCUUCAGCCUGCGCAGCAACCUGAUCCAGCACCAGCAGAUCCACACCGGGCAACGUCCCUAUGAGUGUGGGGAAUGUGGGAAGAGCUACAAGUGGAAGUCUGAGUUCAACAACCACCAGAAGUUCCACAGUGGAGAGCAGAUCUAUGAGUGUCUCAAGUGUGGGA